AUGACGCCGCCAAUUGGCACAUCACAUCGUGUUGGGAGGCAUCAGGGCACUGUCCCAGACCUGGACACCUUGGGCAGGAAGCUAGCAGACACCAGCGCCACCCCUCGAACUGGGGCAGAGAUUGGGACACCAGGCCAGACACCCUCACCCACGGGUGCUGAGCUGGCGGAGGCUGAAGCAGGAGGAGACGCGUCCAUGGGGGCCCAGCAACUGCCGCUGGUCGCUGUGUACCUGCUAGGGGUGUUGGAGAUCCAGAUGAGGUUGACAAACUCCAACUCACGGUGCCAGGGACAGCUGGAGGUCCAUAACUGGGGUCAAUGGUACUCAGUGUGCAGUCAAAGCUGGGGCGGGAGCUGGAGUUUCCACAAGGACCCUGCCUCACCAGCCCAAGGGUUCUGCCGGCAGCUGCACUGUGGGGACACCUUGGAGCUUGCCAUCUUCCCUCACUUCGGGAGUUCCCGGAACCAAAUGCUCUGUCACGGAACUCCGGGAUCUUUCUCCAACUGCAGCAAAACUGAGGUCAGACAGUGGUGCCAACCUCUGAGCCUCAUCUGCGUAGAGCCACCAACAACAAGACCUCCACCCACAAGCCCCACCACCACCACCACUCCAGAGCCCACAGCACCCCCCAGGCUGCAGCUGAGGGUGGGGCCAGCAGGCCUGCACUGUGCCGGCCUGGUGGAGUUCUACCGUGGCAGCCAGGGCGGCACCAUCAGCGAUGAGGCCCAGGACCUGACCCAGGGCCUGGGGGACCGAAUCUGCACAGCCCUCCAGUGUGGCAACUUCUUGAGGCGUCUGCCAGACAGCAAAGAAUCUGAGGGGCCACAGUGGGAGCAGAGGCUCCCACUAAUGAGAUGGAAGAUCCAGAACACCGGCUGCACCUCCCUGGAGGAAUGCUUCGGAAAAAUCCAGCCCUGGGAGGGUAGCCGGGCUCUGGCCCUCAUCUGCUCAGACUUCCAGCCCAAGGUGCAGAGCCGCCUGGUGGGGGGCCACAGCACAUGUGAAGGCACGGUGGAGGUACGUCAGCUUGGGCAGUGGGCAGCCCUGUGCAGCAACAACCCAGCCAAGAGCCUGGCGCAGUGGGAGGAGGUCUGCCAGGAGCAGCAGUGUGGCAGCGUCAAGGCGUACCGGGAGCUGGAUGCCAGAGAGAAGACAGCUCAGGGCCUCAUCUGUUCCAAGGAAAAGCUGUCCCAGUGCCACGAGCUUCAGGAGAGAAAAACCCUCUGCAAAAGGGUGUUUGUCACCUGCCAGAACCAUCACCCUUUGGGCCUGGGGGCGGGCACCAUAGUGAGCAUCAUCCUGGCCUUGGUACUUCUGGCAGUGCUGCUGGUGGUGUGUGGCCCUCUGGUCUACAAGAAGCUGGUAAAGAAAUUCCGACAGAAACAGCAGCGCCAGUGGAUCGGCCCAACAGGAAUGAGCCAAAACAUGUCUUUCCACCGCAACCACACAGCAACCGUCCGGUCCCAGGUUGAGAACCCCACUGUCUCGCAUGUGGAUAAUGAAUACAGUCAGCCCCCCAGGAACUCCCACUCCUCGUCUUAUCCGGCUCUGGAAGGGGCCCUGCACCGGUCUUCUGCCCAGCCUGACAACUCCUCCGACAGCGACUAUGACCUGCAUGGGGCACAGAGGCUGUGA